UUAUGUAUCAGCUGCAGUCGAUCCGUUUGCUUUAAUCUAUUUUCCCUCGUUCGUGGUGCGUGGCUAAGAAUCUUGGCACUCUACGAAAUCCAUAUUUUAUUAUGUUUUAUAGGAGAUAUUUUGAUUAUCAUCAUCGACGUUUGUUUUUUUUUCGAAUCUGCACGCUUGCUCUUCCGUACAGAUCUUGCUGCAGGCAGCAAUAUCUAGGACACAUGUUCGCUAUGAAAUCGAAGAUUUCGCUGGUAGAUACGCAAUUCCAAUCAUUGUCCUAAUAACAGGAAAGAUUCAGAUCUCUAUCGACAAGUCAAUACUGUCUCGAGCGACAUGAAUGAUUUGUUUACACAAAUUUUGAUCGUACCCCUUCUUUAUGUUCGAGGAAAGAGGGGAUCGAAUAAUUAUUUUCAUUCAUUUUUUCCGCUGUUAGCAGAUGACAAGUUAAUAGUAACCGACCGAUCGAUCGAUCGAACAGUUCGACCUCCGACAAAUAUGGUGGCUUCAUUGCUCUCUCGCGAAUGCGACCGAAAUGUCAAAUUCUGUAUAUGCGAUUCAAUUAUUGCUUUGGAUCAUGGCUAUGUCUUUCAACUUGUUAUCAAGGAUUUAUUCAUUGAAAGUGCACAAAUUAUCGGUUUACUGGAAGAUCAGGGAAUUAAUGCUAGCGACUGAUUGCGCGUGGAAGCUUAUAUUGAUUAUCACUAUGUGUCAUAUGACAGCGAAUCCGGUACAUUCUCGUGAGAAGUAAAGUUUUGUCGAGAUAUAUGUACACCUAUAUAACUGGCUAUUUGUUUAGGCGAAUCGUGUCAGUCAGCUUAUUUUCUCUCCGUACUCUUCCGUUUCUAUGAAACGCGUGUUUCUGCAGGAAAGCGCCGAGGCAGCGGCAUAUUUCCAAUAGCGGAAAGUUCGUAUUGUAGCUAUUGCUGGCAUUAUAAGUGUCGAUCUUCCUCUUUUAUUUUCGAUAUUCUCAGGAGUGACGAUCUAUUUCAACAUCCUUACUCGAAAUGUGCCGCGGAUGUCUCUACGAUACUCUUAUCGCCCGUCAAAGAAGCGAGAGAAGCAUAAAAUACAUGCAUGUAGCAUAAAUGAAAUGGUGGUAGAAAAACAAGCAUGAAAUAGGUAACAUAAGAAAGGAACAUUAAUUUCGUGCGCUAAUCUAUCUAUUGAUCUCAAAUGACACUAAAUGUCAAUAGAUGCGAUCGGUUUGCCGUAACAGAAUACACGUGAAAUUUGCCUCAUCUUUUGUCAGUAAAUUCACUGGUUGCUUAACAAUGUCGAAACAAUCCUCCCAUCGAUAUAUUCGACGUGGAGUCAACCAUUCGAUCGUUCAAUAGUUCAAUAGUUCGUAUCCUUCUUCCAUGGAGGUUAGGGAUCAGUGGCUAAAGAUGAAAAGUGUAUCAGAUGCAAAUUUUAAACGAUUUGUGACAAUUUGUAACCUGUUGAGGGCCAUCGUAUCAUUUUAAUAAAUUAAUUCUGUCAUUUACAAGAAUAAAAAACGGCUGAGUUUUAUAAAUUCUAUAGCAGAUAGAUAAAAAUAAUAUCUCUUUUUAUUACCGCAUAGAUCAAAUAAAAAAGAUGUUCUAGGUUAGCAUCGUCGUUCUUAAAAAUACCUUUUGGCUUUAACUUGACAAUAAUUUUAUCAUAACUAUCUCUUUUUAAACAGAGUUUAAGAGAUAAAUUUAUUCGUUCGAGGUGAAAUUCUGUACAACUCGGUCAAAGGAAGACCAACUCGUUCAUCGCGACAGCAAGUUAAAUUUUCCAUUCGAUUGAUAGAACACGAUAAAUGACAAUUUGGAAGUUGACUGGAAAUGAGUAAAAAAUGGAUAGAAAAAAAUUCAACGAUACUUUUUGCAGUAUGGGAUAAAGUCUCUACCGAAACCCUAUAUUUGUCUCGAAACGAACGUACUCGAAUAAAAUGGUAUGUAAAAAAAGUUAGAAAAAGAAUAAUUGUUCGAGGAACGGAAGUAACGGAGGAAGAAACUUUUGCAACGCUUUUUAACAGCCUUCCUCGAUGGACGAUAACGUCACCACACGAUAACGACGAAACUCGUCUGUCAAGUGUUAUGGAUUGAGGGAUCAAGUCGGAUCGACAUUUUUUCAGAUCCCAUAGGUGGAGAAUAACAAGGUACACAGGAAGCAGAGGAUACGAAGAGGAUGAGAGAAGAUGAACGUAACGCAGGCGCGUUUAAAGGAACUCGUGCGCGAGUGGUGUUCACGUCUGUAACGCUUUCAAGAACUCCGGCGGGAGCUGCGAUUCUUCCUUUCAGUUUACCGUGGUCCCGCUUCCGAAACUUAUGUCGUGUAUUAUUCUCGCCGGGUAGAAGGUAGUUCGAUCGUAAGUUUCGAUUGUGCGCUUCGUCGAAAAUAGAUACGGAACGAUAAAACCGACGUAUAAACGAGUUAAGAGUUAACCGAGGAAGGAAUUCGGAACAUAAGGGUUAAGAAUAGUGGAGAUAAAAAGUUUACGGCCCGCUAAUGGUUGUGGUUUAAUCUUCUCGCCUAUUGAUUAUAAUGGAUGGUAAAAACAAUUGAUAGAAUUCGCGGAAUAUCGUUGAUUAGAAAAUGUUAAAAAGGAUAGUCUAUCUGAUACGUAUAAGCAAGUGACUCUGCAAAGCUGCAUUUACUUACAUUUGAAAAAGUAAAUAUUUAAAGCGAACAUGGUGGAAUUUUGUAAAGUAUACGUGUAAUUUAAACAGAUACACUCAAUGUCUCGCUCAAUGCAAACCUUUUGCCGGUUUAAGUGGACGUCUCGUAACGUCCAGAAAUCACUUUCGCUCGCGUUCCAUUGCACGCACAAGAUCAUACGUGAGAGCUUGAUAUUGGAUUAUAAAAACGAGGAAAUCAUGUCGACGAAUGUAUACAACGACUCAAGGAUAUCUUCACCAGAGUUUAAUAGCUCGUACAAUGGGACGAUGGUGUCUUCGAACGAAAGCUUCGGAAUGGACAUCACCGGGGAUAUACUUUGGUACUUUUACGACAAGUUUCACAGUGAAACUAAUUACUUGUUGAUCAUCCUCUAUAUUCCUGUGAUGGCACUCGCAAUAACGGCCAACGUUCUCGUGAUUGCGGUCGUUUUCAAAUACCACUACAUGCGUAGCGUGACUAAUUAUUUCGUGGUCAACUUGUCAGUGGCGGACCUUUUGGUGACUACUAUUUGCAUGCCUGUGGCUGUCAGUCAAGCAAUCUCUAUAGUAUGGAUCCACGGCGAAAUAAUGUGCAAACUUUCCUCUUACCUUCAGGGUGUUGCAGUCGCUGCUUCGGUUUUUACCAUCAGCGCGAUGAGCAUCGACAGAUACUUGGCGAUAAGGAGUCCUAUGGCAUUUCGACGAGUGUUUAAUCGAAGAAGCACGGUUCUCGUAAUCGUGGCUCUUUGGUUGGUCGCUCUAAUCAUCUUUGCUCCUGUUCUCAGAGCGAUGACCCUCCACAGUCCGAGUAUGGAACUUAGUAACAUAUCUUUCCACGGAUCCUGGACAAUGACGAGGAAUUUUUCACAGAAUACCUCUCGUGUCUCUCAUCUACCACCUGUUUUCUACAUUUGUUCCGAAGAUUUUAAGCCUCUGGGCAUUCAGGCGCCUCUUUUCGGUGCUGUGUGCUUUGUGCUGGUUUAUGCGAUUCCAGGUUUCGUCGUAAUAUUAUCUUACUCCAUGAUGGGUCGAACACUGUGCGCCCGAAAACCACCUUUCGACUGUGAUAGCGUGGAAGGAAGCGCCAGUUCGCAACAGAGUUUCAGGCUGGUACGUGAGAGAAGGCGAAUUGCUUGGAUAUUGCUUCUUUUGGCGGUGUUCUUUGCUCUGUGUUGGUUACCAUAUAACGUCUUAAUGCUACUGAUAGAUCUGGGCGCAGUUGGGGGAAAGACAACGAGAGAUGCUCUUUCCUAUUGCCUGUUUCUGGGACACGCGAAUAGCGCAUUGAAUCCUGUCGUAUACUGUGUUAUGACUCGUAAUUUUCGGCGGAGUAUAUCGGAGAUUCUUUGCUGUGGAACCCAUGGGUUCACUCGUCGGAAACUCCGUCACAGGAGUGCUCAAGGAACCGCCGUGAUCGAUGACAUGUGUGCAGGGUGUAGUGCUAGUAGCACGAUAAGACGCGGAUUGCUUCGCAAGCGGAGAAUGUUACCUGGAUGCAGAUGUGGGCUACCGAUUAACGGCCAUCACGCAGUUUUGGCCCUUCGACGAACGGCCACAACUAGCAGCGGAUACGACAGCUACCUUAGCAGACACAGUCCUCAUCGACGUUGUUACAUGUUACGGAGUCUUCGGGGAAGGCCGCAAAUGGGGAUGGAACAAGUCCAGGUAAACAAAACUCAAGAGACCUGCUACAAGAAGAACGAAGCCAAUCAACCUCAGAUAAAUAUAUUCAUCACCACGGACGAACAACGUUGAACAUAGAAAUAAAUGAUUUCAUUUUAAGGACCGAUUAGUAUUGAUUAAUUUCUUAUAGACGUGUAGAAUUUCGGUGUCGUUACGUAAAAAUAUUUGAUGUGCAUACAUGAAGAUGGACAGAAGAGAUGCGGUGUCAAUUACGAUAUCUUUCUAUAGAAUAUUCCCUGAUCGAUUUAGUGAUUUUCGGACUCGAGUUCAUUGUACCUUUCGUUAACGACCAAUAUUUAUAUUGUUAAUACGAAGUAAGAUAAAGCGGUCAAUGAUCUUUAAUAUCUUUUCACGGGGUGAUAAGAUUAAAGGCUUAGGGCACAAAAGUGACUUAAGGUUUGAUUUCCUAAAACGAAAACUUUUCUACCACGAUCUGCAUUCCAUCUACCGAGCAUUGCGACAAAUAAUAAACGAGAAAAGAGUACAUACGGUAGUUAACGGGGAACCAAGCAAAAGGGUAAGUUCGUUAAUUGAGACUGAGUGGAGGAGACAAAUAGGGCUGGGCUGUCGAGGGAAAAUGUUGAAACAGUGACAAGUAAUCGUAUUUUCCGCGUAAUUUAUUGCUUGUCGUUCACACUCGUUCAACUUUGACUGAAACAAUCUUCUGUAGGAAGGAUGGUAAAAAGGUUAUGCAUAACAGGGCCGCAACUAUAACGAGAGUGAAUGAACAUAAACGGUUUGCAAAUAUUUGUGUACGUUGAGCAAACACGUUCGUUAUAUGGGCUGACGUUGACGUUAUUAUCCGGCUCAAUUAAAUUCGAGUUGAAUUGACCUCUUUAAAAAUAGGCACGAAAAUAUGACACUGUUUAAAGAUGAAUGCCAAUGGCUCGCGAGAUAUCUAUAAGAAUUUUUGGAAUUUUUUCCGAUAAGAAAUCUCGAAAUUGAACGAAUUGUAUUUCGGUUAGGUUAGAUUGUUUAUUGAUCUAGGUUAGAUUCUAUUGGGGCAUCAAAUUCUGGGUAACCUUCUGUAAUUUAUUCCGAUUUAAUAUGUGUAUUCCACAGAUGUAAUUUCGACGCAUUUCGUUCAAACAUUUCGAGGGAUUAAAUAAGGGAUGACAUAAAUAGUCGAGACAAGGAAUUUCUCUCCUACUCACGGAAAUUCUCGAAGUGUUGGACGUGAGGUUUGAUCGAAUAAAGAUAGGGAUGUUGAUGUGAUAAAGGGUGCGUGUAUGUACGUAUAUGUUGAUGCUUACGGUAUGAAUAUCCGCCCACGUUUUGUAAUAAAUCAUGUAUAGUAUACUUGAAAACAAUAUUUUGAAAUUUC